AUGGCGCUGCACGGAGCAGGUCUUUCCAAAAAAGAUCGUCACGAUGACGAUCAGCGCAGCAGCAGCAGCAACAAGCAAAUGGAGCACGAAGUGACUGCCGAACUACUGGCGUCCCCCCUGGUGUUGCGAUCCCCGUCACCGGUCAGCGAGGCUGACGCAGGGUCAAAGGGCGAGAUCUCGGACGUGGAUUUGCCGUCCGAGGAGGAAGACGCAGGCCCGAACGCGGCGGACCUGGAAGAAGUCAUCGCCAUCUCAUCGGACGAGAGCGGACCGGCGGACGCGAUCGAGGAGGAGGAUGGGACGGAGACCGUCAGCGCCGAGGUGUCAUCGGACGAGGACGACGUGGCGCGGCGAGAGGCGAGGGAUUGCUUGAUCAUCCGCCGGUUGAGCAGGGCAACGGCAGGGCUCGGGCGGAUCUGCCUAGGGCAGAUACCAUCGUCGGGAAAGCCCAAGGAGUGGGCCGGCAUCAUGGAAGCGCGGGCGUUCACGGUCCGACAAGGGAAGACCCGGCGGGUGGCGAGGAGGGCAGCAGUCGCCGCGUGGCAGCAGAGGCUGAGGGACGCCGAGGCAGAGGAGACCGCACUGUGGGUGUCGCCGCAGGAGCAGCUGCAGUCGCCGGAGGAGCCGCCGCAGGAGAGAGCCAGCCCGCAGGAGCAGUCGCACCGCCGCAUUCCCACCGCUACCGCCACUUGGUGUCGCCCAGAGCAGCUGCAAGCGGAGAGCGAGUCCCGUUACCGGUACACGUCGCCGCCGAGGAUGCGCGGAAGAACCGAGGUUUCGUCAGCGAUGGCGCUGCACGGAGCAGGUCUUUCCAAAAAAGAUCGUCACGAUGACGAUCAGCGCAGCAGCAGCAGCAACAAGCAAAUGGAGCACGAACUACUGGCGUCCCCCCUGGUGUUGCGAUCCCCGUCACCGGUCAGCGAGGCUGACGCAGGGUCAAAGGGCGAGAUCUCGGACGUGGAUUUGCCGUCCGAGGAGGAAGACGCUGGCCCGAACGCGGCGGACCUGGAAGAAGUCAUCGCCAUUUCAUCGGACGAGAGCGGACCGGUGGACGCGAUCGAGGAGGAGGAUGGGACGGAGACCGUCAGCGCGGAGGGCAACGGCAGGGCUCGGGCGGAUCUGCCUAGGGCAGAUACCAUCGUCGGGAAAGCCCAAGGAGUGGGCCGGCAUCAUGGAAGCGCGGGCGUUCACGGUCCGACAAUGGAAAACCCGGCGGGUGGCGAGGAGGGCAGCAGUCGCCGCGUGGCAGCAGAGGCUGAGGGACGCCGAGGCAGAGGAGACCGCACUGUGGGUGCCGCCGCAGGAGCAGCUGCAGUCGCCGGAGUAGCCGCCGCAGCCGCCGCAGGAGCAGCCACAGCCGCCGCAGAAGCAGCCGCAGUCGCCGCAGGAGCAGUCGCAGCCGCCACCGCUACCGCCACCACGUGCGCCGACGACACCACCCCCGCCACCACGUGCGCCGACGACACCACCCCCGCCACCACCACCGUCGCCUUCGCAGAGGCAGCAGGAGUGGCACUUGCUACAGGCGCAGGGCGCGCAGGCGCUGCGGACCAUCGUGGUGGAGGGGCGGCGGUCUCAUCAGCAGACGGUCACGUGGACGUGGCCCGCGCCCGACGAGGCAGCGGAGGAAGCUCGGAUGUGGGAGGCAGUCGAGGCCAUCGACUGGUAGCUCCCACCGCUGAUGCACCCGCGCGAUCUGCAACGCACAUCCGCGAGAGAAGCAGCGAAACGCGUCGCGGAGGCGGUCGGUCGCGAGGAGCAGAAGGCGACGACCGAGGAGGAUCGCGAGCCCCAGGAGCCCACGGAGGUUCUGGAGAAGGGGCCGUCAGAGUGGCCAGCACCGCCGGAGACGCGGCGCCAUCCUCCAAAUUCGCACGGCAGACCUCGUGUCCGGAGCCGCGAGCCCCACCGGAGUGGCCGACGCUGCGGAGGCAGCAGUCGGAAUACGCGUGA